GAGCGGGAGAAGCCUGGCGGCUACAGUGGAGUCGUAGCGCGGUAGUUGUGUGGUGUGGACGGGCUUCAGGAGUGGCGUUUAGGAGCUCCUUGCCUCAGGCCUCUCUCCUUUGCUCCCUCGAAGCCCCUUUCUCUUGGGCCCCAGCUCUGCUGUCGUUCCGCUUUACUGUUUUGUAUCUUUUUCUGUUUUAUUGACUAUUCUAAAGCCUUUGACUGUGUGGAUCGUAAUAAAUUGUGGCAAGUUCUUGGUGGUAUGGGGAUACCAAGUCACCUUGACUGUCUCCUGAGGAAUCUGUAUAACGACCAAGUAGCAACAAUAAGAACAGACCAGGGAACAACAGACUGGUUUAGGAUUGGGAAAAGGGUAUGGCAGGGCUGUAUACUCUCACCCUACCUAUUCAACUUGUAUGCAGAACACAUCAUGCGGGGCUUGAUGAAUUCAAGGCUGGAGAUAAAAUUGCUGGAAGAAACAUUAACAACCUUAAAUAUGCAGAUGAUACCACUUUGAUGGCUGAAAGCCAGGAGGAGCUGAGGAGCCUUAUAACCAAGGUGAAAGAAGAAAGUGCAAAAGUUGGGUUGCAGUUAAACAUCAAGAAAACCAAGAUUAUGGCAACCAGACUGAUUGAUAACUGGCAAAUAGAGGGAGAAAACACGGAGGCAGUGACAGACUUUGUAUUUCUAGGUGCAAAGAUUACUGCAGACGCAGACUGCAACCAGGAAACCAGAAGACAUUUACUUCUUGGGAGGAGAGCAAUGGCCAAUCUCGAUAAAAUAGUGAACAGUAGAGACAUCACACUGGCAAUGAAUAACCGCAUAGUUAAAGCAAUGGUAUUCCCCAUAGUAACCUAUGGAUGCAAGAACUGGACCAUAAGGAAGGCUGAGCGAAGGAAGAUAGAUGCUUUUGAUCUGUGAUGUUGGAGGAAAAUUCUGAGAGUGCCUUGGACCGUAAGAAGAUUCAACCAGUCCAUACUCCAGGAAAUAAUGUCUGACUGCUCACUGAAUGGAAGGAUAUUGGAGGCACAGAUGAAGUACUUCCCCACUAAAUUCUGCCGCCUCCGUAGUCAACCACUUGUUUCCAACAGUGGGGGCGUGGCUGGCAAUGCUGUGUUUUGGCGACGCUGCACAGCUGUGGGAAAGGGUUGACAGCGAAGGUGGCAGAAUUUAGUGGGGAAGGAGUUUCCAAGCUCAUUUAUUGCUAUGAUAAGUGAAUGGCGACUGCGUGAAAUGUGGUAUUUGGGUGUGGCUUUCAACUGCAUAUGGAUUCUAGCUGUUCUGGCUCCAGAAGAAUGAUGUCUGUUAAAGGAAAAGCAAUAGAUCAUGGAGUAAACUUCACUAAUAAUGCACAUCUUUCAAGAGGUGUAAUGUCCUUCAGGAGAGACAACUUGUUUGGUCAGAUACCAGCUAAGAGAAUAAUUCCACAAAUUCCUCACUUGCAGGCAAAGGGUGAUCCUCAGAUAGGCUUUCUUCUCAGUAAGCAGUGGACCUUAUACAGUGUCACUCCUCUAUAUAAGUUCUCCUAUGAACAACUGCAGUCAUAUUCCAGACAGCUGAGUAUUUUUAUUGUUGCUGAAAAGCAAAGAAAAUUUGUUAUGGAAGCUGAACCUGAUCUUGCUUAUAAAGUAACAUUCUCCUCACUCUCAGCUUUGAAAAUGACAGAACAUGAACAGGAAUCAGUCCUUAUUCAGAUCACACAAAGAUCAAAGGUGACCACUAAAGAUGAAGGUGAAAAAGUGGUGUGGGCAGGCUGGUUCUGUUGUACUUAUAGAGAUGACAUCUUAGAGACUGUGAUGGAGGAUUUCACUUACUUGCCUUUGUUCUUUGUAUAUGGUGCAAAGGGUCUCUCGGACCUUGUGGAAACUUGGCUUCAGCAAAUGUUUGAUUGUUGUUGCAGUCCCUUACAAAUCAGCCCCAUCAGUCUUUCCUGGAUGGCUGCGAUGUGGUCUGGCUGUAGUAUGGACAGCCGCACAGCUGAAACAGAAUUGACUUUUUCUGUACCUUACACUGCUUAUCCUUUGGAUAUUUCUUAUUCAAUCAAUCCUGAAGACAUAAAAACCCUUUGGGAUUCAAUCCAGAGGAAGGAACGGGAAGUCUGUCAAGAAGAAGUGGAACUGUUCAUGGAAUGCCUUUACAAUCACUUUCACAGACACUUCAAGAUAUACCUGUCAGCCACAAGAUUGGUGAAAGUUUCUACACCUGUAGCCUGUGCUCAUUCUACUGGAAAGAUAAAGAUUUUCCAAGCCCAACAUCUAAUAAGAGUGCUGUUUUUACUGACAGAACUGGCAGUUUUAAAGAUACAGUGAUGAUCUGUUACAGUAUAAGACUUUUCAUGUAUUUUCUGAUGCUAAGAUAAACUAUUUUUUUAAUUAUUUUAAAUGAUGAACAAUUUUAGCCAACAUAAACUUACCAGUAUUUCAAUGGGAAGUGUAGGCCUACUUUUGGCUAAUGAGAUAGUCAAGUUAAUUAGAAUUAUUGUUGUGUUUUCAAGUUGUUUCAGACUUCAGGCAACCCAAAGUUUGUUUGUUUUUUGGGGGGGGGGGGUAAAUGAUCCAGCUUGGGGUCUUAGUUUGGAGACCCCUGCUCUGGAGGGUUUUAAGCAGAGGCUGAAUGGCCACCUGUUGGGAGUUUUGACCAAUUUUUGCAAAGUAAUGAGGGUGGCCCUCUCUUCCAUCUCUAAUUGUACAAAGCUAAUAAGAAGCUAGGAAACCAAUGAAAUAAUAAUACAUUCUCCCCAUGGGCAAACACUGACUUUCUAACUCCUUGAUACAGCCUGUGCAUUUUCAGGAUAAAUCUCCCAUAGGUCCACACCAGAGCCCUGCAGUGUUUUCCCCUUCUCUACCAUGUAGUCAUCUCUCCCAGGAGCUGCCACAAGUGCCAGAUUCCCAUGGAAGGCUUCUGUUCGAUGUUUUGCUUUUUGUCCAAUAUAAUAGGUUGAGUUUUUAAUUUAGUUAAGUCAUAAUUUGUUUUUAUAUGUUGGGUUGUCAAUUUUCAUUAUUAUGGGUGUAUUGUUGUGUUUGGGCAUUUAAUGUUUGCCUUUUAUAUUUGGAAUCUGCCCUGAGUCCCUCCAGGGAGAUACGGUGGAAUAUAAAUAAAUUAUUAUUAUUAUUAUUAUUAUUAUUAUUAUUAUUAUUAUUAUUGAGGGAUGUGACAGAUUUCCCCAUCCAUGAGGAAAGAAAGUUUUUACCUGCUGCGGGAGAGAUGGCUGCACUCAGUUGCAAGUAACAAAAUCCAGGCAUAAGAAAGAUUUGCAAGCAUUUAAGACGAGACAAGCUAACAUUAAGAAGAACGUAAUUGUCUCACUCUAACUAAAAUCCUGGAAAGGGCAGGAUAGAAAAACCUACCUUCUUGGUAAGUACCAAUGUUUCCUUUCCAACAGAAGAGGAGUACUGAAAUUCACAAAAGCAGUAAUCCAGAGUAAACCAUAGAGUUGGAAGAGAUUACAACCACACAAUGAAAGCACUCCCAUCAGAUGUAAAUCCAGUCUGUUUAAAAACCUCCAUAGAAAACACAUUCCAAGGCAGUCUAGUUGCUGGAAUAGUAGAAAACAAGCUGGCUUCAUCAUUAAUAUGGCAUCCUUUCACAUCUUUAAAUGGUUAUCAUAUUACUGCAUCCCUCGGUUCGCUUCUGACACGGUAAAUAAAUGUUACUGCAUAAUCUUCUCCAGGCUAAAUAUACUAUACCACCUAGCUCCCUAUAGCACUCCUCACAGGACAGUUUCCAAACCUAGUGUUAGGGGAACACUGACAGACUUCACCUGAAAUUUGAUGCGCCUCCCUACUGUCUGUUGCUUUGAAGGUUCAUAAGGUAAGAUUUCCUUUCAGUCUGGAGGUAAUAAUAUCCUAUUUCUCCCAAGUAGAUGAAAUAUAGGAGACCCUUCACUAUUGAAAAAUGUUUUGAGUGGAAUAUUUGAGGAAAAUUCAAGAGAAAACGAGCCAUAUUGCAAGAGGCAGGAUACAUAUAGUGUAGGCUGAUCUGGAAUAACCAGUCAAACAUUCUGGUCUUUGAAGCUACCCAAUGCUGUUUAUCAACGUAGUAUAGAUCAGUGUUGCUCAGGAUGAUAUUAGGAAUAAGCCAUGCUUGUUUUCACUGGGACCAGCACUAAACUUUUGCCCAUUGGAUACAAUUCUUUUUUUCUCCCCAGGGACCGGCAGCAAAGGGCUCAGAAACCAGGGCUGACCCCAGGCCCAUCACUAUAAGUUCUCUGGUAUAGAUGGGAACAAUUCUAGCAACUGAGUCACAAGAAGAGAACGCACACACUGAGAUUUUAUUAAGAUAACACUAUUUAUACAAGUUAACUCAUGCUAGAAAAAGCAUAAAUGAUAUGUAAACACUUGUUUACAGAAUACUUUUUCUUCGUAAAGGUGCAAAUAUUCAAAAUGUAAACAGAAGAAUGCCAACCUUGAGGGCAAAAGGAAGGACAUGUCACCUAAGAAACAUUUCUCAAAUUGUAUUCUCUCCCUCCUCCCCACUGGCAUCUACCCAAAGACUCUGAAGAUACUGAAGUUAAUUCUUUUAAACUACUGGUUUAGUAUCAUGUGCACUGCCUUCCAAAGUCUGUAACGAGAAACAUGAGCCAUACUGGAAUGCAAUGCCUACCUAGCCAGCAAAGCGAAUGGUGAAAAAUUGCCAGUCCAAAAUAUCUGGAGGGUCACAAUUUCCCACACUUGUUGAAACAAGCUCAAAACUAUUAGCUGCUGCCUGCUUGAUACUACACAAACAGGACACUGUUCAAAACCAUGGCAGCUCACAAUCCACAAGUGCCAAGCUAUACAUAUGUUUUUUAAAGGUUGCAGUGACUACAACAGAUGUAAUCCCCUUGUCAAGAAACUGAAGUCCAUUUUAAGGAUAAAAAUGGCAAUCUAAGCAAAAAGUCACAAUGUUCACAUGGUAAUUCCAGCAACCUUUUCUGAAGGCAAAAGUAGGUCUUAUUUUGACUUGGAAUACAUAUGCUGAUACCAGAACAGGGAUGUCACCUUCCAAAUCUUAAGCUACAACUCUUGGCAUUGGCUUUUCUGGCUAGGAGCCACAGUCCAAUCGUACUUAUUCUUGCCCCCCUCUGUCCUCAUAAUCAAAAGGCUGUGUAUCUGAUAAGCCUAAAAGCUAUACAGAGAGCAUAAUCCACCCAGGCAUUCUCUAAUACACACCACUCACAUGAAUAGAUACUCUGUGCUCUCAGUUCUUUCAGGAUUAUAUAAGGAAACUUCCUGAAAGAGGACCAUCUUAUUCUUUCAGUAACCAUAGAUUUUUAAUCUUUUGCUCUUACUGAAGUUGUCCCCAUAACAUUGAUGACUGUACUGGAUUGCUCUGUGCUUUUUCAAAGAUCUUAACUACAGUUCAGUUUACAUAGUCUCAGCUAGAAAGUCAUAUGUAUGAACACUAACCAACUACCUGGAAAAAUGCAUUUUUAAAAUCAUGGUAUCAAAAAUAUAUCAUACAAAUUAAAUGAAACAAGUCUUUAACUUACCAAAAGUUGUCUAAUACAGUCACUGUAGAUAAGUGACGUGAAGCAAAAUUCACCAACAGCAUCUCUGCAAGCUCUAAUUAAACGAAUAGGCUUUAUACAACUUCCAUUCAUUUUAAUUAAGCAGAUAUAGAAGACAAUCAUACUUGACUACUACCCUGUAAUCAAAGAGACAUUCUUCUUUCACCAGGGCAGAUUUCUUGUUGAUCUCUCAGCAGACUCCUCUGACGAGAAUGCAGCUAUACUUUGAGGUCUUAGGUCAUUGCUUACAGUAACAUUAAAUUCUUGUUUCUUCAGAAAGACAGUGCAUUUGGGAUGAGGAGACAAAGAAAACUAUUCCAGGUAGUUCUCUGUAGCUAGUGUGGGCUGUGUAACAACAGUAGAGGAGGGGAAAUAUGCUUGCAACAAUAACUGUCCCAUAGGAAGAGGCACCAGAAAAAAAAAUGUGUGAUCUCAUUUUACUAGAGUCAAUAAGAGCUUGGAAGUCGCCAAGCCAAUCAGUUUUAAUGGAUGGUAGAUGUCUCUCAUUGUCUUUUACCAUAUAUGGGAUUCACAAUGUGUCAUUUUGAUAACUCCCACACCACCUCCAAGUCGACGAUAGUUCAUUCCUCCAUACAGUCUGCAAAGAAAAAAUAUGCUCUAUUACUUUAACUAUUAUUAUUAUGCAAAAGCAAAGACAAGAAGCAAAUCCUUCCCUAGUAGAGGGAGAGAUAUGAAUGCGUUAUGAUUGAAAUGGUGAACAAAUGGAAAGCAGCUCUCGCAUGACGGAAGUGUAAAUAGUUGUAUCCACUGAAGCAGCUCCCAUGGCCAUUUUUUCAACCCACAAUCCCCAUCAAAGACUCCCUGCCUGGAUACUCCCAGGAGCAGCAGUGUAGUGGUUAGCAAACGGAUUUAAAAUGCUACAAAAGAACUAGAAAUGGGUUGAAAACUACUUCAAUUUGGGAUUUCUUUCCAUCUUAAAAAAUGCUUUAGGCCUACUGUGGCCAACACAGCCUUUGGGGUCGGAAAUUGGCACCCACAUAUUUCAAGAUUUAUAAACAGCGAGCCAAUUAUGUUACAGCAUAUUUAGGGCAUCAUCAUAACCACCACCAUCCUAAUCAUCUUUAUUUUUAUCUCUCCUUUCUCCCACAAGGACUCAAGGCAGCCAACAAUUUGUAUCUCACCUUUCACUUUAGUCCUUGUAAAUGCAAGAUCCUUAUUAGAGUAGUUGCAAGAAAAAUUAAGAUGAUUUGAAAUAAGUGCUCCAACUACCUUUGCAUCCCCACAUAUCAGGCCAAUACAACUGUGCAUAUUGGUACAGCAUUUCAAUUCUUUAGAUCUUAGCUUUCAUUUCAAUAGGUUAUCUUCCAAUACCUGGACACUAGAGAAUAAGUCCUAGCACACUUCUAAAGAAACUUGCCUGGGGCUACAAGGCAACCUUGAACACAUGUUGAAUCUACCUUAUAGUCAAGGCCAAGUAAAAUCACUAAAGCUGGAAAAAGGAAGCAGGAAAAGCAGAUUACAGAAAUAGCUUUUCUUGAGACUCAAUUUGAGUUUUUUUUAUCUAUAUUCUAGAGUUGUGCCCUAUAAUCAGGAGUCAGGGUGGGUUGCAAACUAAAAGAUACCAUAUUGAUAAAAUGUACCAGUUCUUAAAAUAUAAUUAAGAAUAAUAUCAAGAAAACAUUUUCUUAGAAACAGUCUUAACAAAAACUGGCCCUGAAGGACACUGCGGUCCUUGCUCCCACAUACUCCUUGAGGACUAUAGGGAUAUUUUUUCCAUAUAAUUUGAGGCCAGAGGGGUUAACUGCUAUAAAAAAUACUUUUCCUGGGUAAAGUGGCUCAAUGGGCCCCCACAACAUAGAAAAACUAUCCUUUGCAUGCAUUAGAGAAUAUGUGGGGACAUUAGAAAUAAAAUAAAUAUGUUUUUAGGGGAGGUACAGAAUGGGGCAUAGUCCCAAGGUCUCCUGAGGGGCCAAUGUGUUAUAACCCCAAAUGUCGCCCUAGCUGUUUUUAAGACUCAGAAAUGAAUGAAUUUUCCUUCUCUUUCAUGCAGCCAUCCGCACCCCCCAAAACACCUUCAGAGAUCUUGGGGGAAACAUACUGAACAUGGUAGGCUGGAGUAUGAGAGACUGCUGCUGACAGAAGUAACAAGGGAGGGUCAUCAUGUUUCCGAACUGUAUUUGCAUCCCUUCCUACACUUUUGGGAUGUUAGCAGGAAAGCUUUCUAUUUAAGGCCUGCAAUUGUUUCAGAGCCACGUCUUAAACAAAAUAGAAAUGAAUUUCAUGUUUAUAGUAUGAAAUGUAGAUAGUCCUGUUUCCAAGACAUCAUGUACAAAUAUGCAGAUACAGAUAUUAUUUUGUCAGAUUUUGGAUUAUAUCUUUUGCCUUUGCUACAUCUCUGUCCACUAUUAAUGCCAUCCAAUUUGUUCUUAUUUCCAGUGUGUUUUGCUCAGGAAAUGCUCCAUUCAUGUCCUCAAAAUGAGCCAUUUCUGUCCCCUUUAGCUUGCUCACCUCAAGUAUUGCAAUGUUUGUACAUUCCAUUCCUUGUUUUACUAUUUCUAGCUUCUCCUGUUUCAUACUUUGGACGUUCCAUGUUCCUAUAAUAUGUACUGUGCCGUUUCAGAACAUCCUUUCACCUCUGACUAGGUCAACAUUGAACAUCCUUUUGAUUUAAAUCCAAGUGUCUCAUUAGCCUCAGCCUCUUGACUCACAGAAGCAUGCUGUCCCACCAUUGUGGCAAUGUAGUAUCAUGGUGCAAACCCUACUCACAGAUAUACAGAAUAGCCGAAGUAUGGAUACAUUCCUUACUGUGGAAGAAGGAGAGUAUGGAUAAUGGCGAACCCUACUGAGAUGAAUGGCUUCUGCCAAACUCACAUAAAGUCAUGCUGGAGGAUCCUAGAGAAUAUGUGUAUUAUGUCUAUAUGAAGUAUAAAUGAAUUUUGUGUUUA